AUGCCGAGGCUGUGGGUGGUGGCUGGGAGUGGGGGAGGGCUCAGCUCGGCCCUCCUGAGGCCCGGAGCACCUGGUGCAGCGGGACACAAGGACGGAGGCCCGGAAAUGCCGCUCCCAAGACACAGCUUCCACGGGCUCUGCAUCCCGGUCCUGGCCUGUGCUGUGGAAAAUGCUAGCGUGGGCCACACCGGGAACCCUCCAGAACCCUGGGAGGCUGAGGCAGAAGAAGCACAAGUUUACCGGUCAGCACACACGUGGGCAGAGGACCCGAGUCCCCUGACAGGCACAGAGGAGAGCCGCUGGGGCCUGAGCAGGCUGAGGGGGCUGGUGGAGCCCGUGGUGACCAAGACCAGAGAGAGGUGGCAGUGGUUCUGGGGCCCCGGGGCCUUCCGAGGCUUCGUGCUGACCUACUGUGACGACCACCUGAAAGACCUGGGUCCCUGCACACAGGCCUGGCUCGUCAGCUCCAAGGACAGGCUCCUGAGCAAGACCCUCAGCCUGUGCCCCAGGAUCCUCUGCAGGGACCGGGCCCCUCAGCACUAGAGGCCUCUGCCUCUCACCACCCAUAAUAAAGAUUUCCUAUCUG